AUGAAUUUAGGAAUGGAAAUGUUUUGGGUAUGUGGCAACAAUCCAUUCUUGCUAGGACACCUCGCCACCAACAUGUUGGCAUACACUCAAUACAAUCUCUUCUUCGCUGCAUCAAAUGGCAGGCAAUUCUACACAUGGCUUGAACUAGUAAACUCCGGAAACCUGGAUAUGCUUGAUCGCAUGUGUGGAACAAAACGUGGACCAAAAUACAAAAGAGGUUCUGAUGGUUCAGUUUCUGUAAACAAGCGACGCAGAAGAAGGGAUGACCCAGAUCUCAGUGCCGACGGUGUCUUUCUAUGUAACCUAUUAGAGAUUCUACUCAUAUCCAUUGAUGCUUCCAUAGACGACAUGGGUCAGCUUCUCAGCCAACAUGGUGUGCCAUAUGAACACCACAUAGGACCCGUUGCAAACGGUAGACGUAUGCAGGCCGUACUCUGUUCUAAUCCAAAGGAUCCUGCUAUCUCCGUCAGAUGUGACUUCAGGUCAAGCACCCUCAACACUACGAAGCUAUUUGAAGGUAAAUCCAAAGACGAAGGUAAGGAAUUAUGGGCGCGACUUCAGGAAGCAUUCGAUUUCUUCAAGCUCCUGAGUGAUGUUACCAUCGAUGGUGAACAACGAGCAACAUGGAUGCAAAUGAUUUCUGACCCUAGAAAGUAUACCAACAUAUUCGAAUAUGCAAUCAAAUAUGACAAUAGGAUGUUCGCGGGAAAACGCAAAUCAUGGAUGUCGGAUUAUAGGAAUACCGAGAGGAAAGCAUCGCCCGGUUUAGAUAGAACACACGUCGAUUUACAUACCGCAUUAUCUAUGCUAGAUCAGAAAAACGCCAGCAAUUCAAAAAAGCCACAUCCCCUUAAGAGGGCAUUUUUAUACAUGUCCGCUUCGGGAAUCAAGCCAUGGAUCGUUGGAAAUCUGGAGGCUCUUCAGCAGCGGUUUGGUUUUUCACCAUCUGCUUUAAUGGCUGGAAAUUUGGCUCCCUACUUCAGGCAGGUUGCACAAAGCAGCAGUUCGGCUCUGGGUCACAUCGUAUUGUACCAUAUGUUGACAUCUUCGAACCCCGCAUAUGAAUUCAUGACUGAUAUCAACAGUUUUAGGGGUGGCAACCUUUUGUACAAUAUAGUUGAAUCGUCGAACAUGUUCAUCCCAGCCAGCCUCAAGCGAGGAAUCAAGUGGAUGCUCAAGGGUGGUCUUGCCAAAGAAUACAGACGAGAAAGGGCUAAACAUGCGUUACUGCAAUUGCUACCGGUAGAGUUGUUGAGAAAGGCCAUUAGCGCUAUUACAUUUGUCACACAUUCGCUUGCCGAUAUGCAAAUAAACCAAAACGCGCCGAUUUGGGGUCGUGGUAUGUUGUCCGAUAAAGAAAGAACCAAAAAACAUUUCGUCAAUGGUGGAUAUGUGAAUCGCAUUGAUAGUGUUAUCAAGGAGUGGUCUGAUGAAGGCUAUACAGAAACCAUUGACAAGAAGGUCAAACAAGGUGAGGAUCUUAGCAGUGAAGAUUUAAAGAAUGCAAACAUGCAUAACAUCGUACAUACAGAGUCACUAAGAUGGGAGAAACAUCUCAAUUCCAUUAUAUUGGAGGGAUAUAACAACUUUUUAGAAAUACCCUCUAUCAAGCUUCUUGAUGGUAAACACUCACUUGUCUAUGAGGUUGUUAAGGACAGUAGGGAUAACCUUGAACAGAAUCUCAACGACACUAUCUUUUUCGGUCGUGUUGUAAACCCACCUGUUUACAACAACAAAUGGAAACGUGCUUUCCAAAGGGCUGCUAAAGUGACAAAGGUUUUGUUCAACAGAUCGCUGCAGAAUGUUGAGCACGCAGUUUGGUUUGGAGUUAAGUUGAAUUAUCAACACAUUGUCGAAGUAGUUGAGGAGCUCAACAAGAUCUCGAACGUCAUGUCAUCCAUGGAAUCAUACAAUUUACAGGAGGCCUUUGGGCAUAUUAUCGAUGAUGCUGUAGCAGUUGUGUCUAACGAUGCAUUCAGGCGACCUUCGGGUACCCAGGAAAAUUUGGGUAUACCUGGUAUCAACCCAUUAUAUACCAGGAUGUCGCCGGAUGAAAGGAAAGUUGAAUUCCAACAGGGUAUGUGCGGCCAACACUGCGGUGCCAUAUGGAAAGCACUCUUGGCCUUCACUAUGAACGCUUUGCGCAGCCCAGCUUCGAUCAAAACAUUCGAAAAAACGCUUAGCCAGAACAACUCGAUCAAAGAUAUGGAAAAACCCGAAUUCGUCAACUCCGUCAGGUUUAUCCUCAAGGGUGAUGCCAUGUUACACAUGUACGACAGCAUGUUGCCGAAGAAAAUGAAACGUGAACUCAGGGCAAUUAAAUAUGGCAAGGCGUUUUACUUUGCGAACGUUAUGAAAAUGGCUUCGACUCUGUUAGGUAUCGUGGGUUUCAGAUACACUUCGAAUAUGCUUCGCAUCCAGGCCCCCUACUUCGGUAAUCUGGUAGUGAGGUGGGAUCAUGAACGUGAGCGUUCAAGAUCAAAGGCUAUUUUCUCUUACCUUUCUAUUGGUACUAUGGCUACGUAUUCAAUCAUGCAAUGUGCUGAGAUCACGAGGCAUGCUGCAGAUGUUGGUAAUGGGCCAGUAGAAUCGUGCUUCAUGUUGAUCAGGCCACCUACGUUGCAUUGUGUCCUUCAACCCGCGCAAGCUAUCAUGAAAACGGCUGUGGCUAUAGGUGUACAGGAUACGCUGGCUGUCACGGUAUUGGGGCUCAUCGGACCGUACUUUUUCUUGCCCAUGGCAGCUUAUGCUUCGUGGAAUAUUCUGAAGCACCACUUCAAGGUAUUACACCGGUUGGAUAUUGCUAUGUCCGUGGCAUUCAAGCGGAUGUGGAGUAAGAUAUCUUCGUUGUCGAUUGCCAAGAAGCUGACCACGUGGUUCAACAAGCGCCGUGAGCAUCGCAAGGAGAUAGAGUCUAAGGGAUUGUUGGCAAUGAAGAAUAGGCGACCAACAAGCGACAAUACCAUUCAGGGUGGUGUAGCUGUGUCAGACGAGAUGUUGAAGGCUGAUGAUAACUUCUCUUACACAACAUUUAACUAA